AGUCAUGAGUUGUAAUAUGCUGUAUAUCUGGAGGCAGUGUCAAAGGAGUUCCAGAAGGGAUCGUGAAAUAAAACGUGACCAACGUCAAUCCACAGGAGCCCAAUAACCGUGAUGAGUCUGUUGGAGGUGCAUACUUUACCUCUCUGAAAGACGCCAUGAGGAGCUCAGACUUCCACCAGUGAAGAGCUGGUCAUCAUAGAAGCGGGGCAGAAAUGGAAAACAGGCAUUUAAGGAUGGAGUCUAUGCCAGGACACCUGCGAGACUCGGGCCGGGACUCGGACUCGUCCUCCGGCUCCAAGCAAGACGCGCAAAACUUCUCCGGCUCCCUCAAACCGAACCAAGUGAGUGAGACCUCGCUGUACGGGAUCCCCAUCGUGUCUCUGGUCAUCGACGGCAAGGAGAGGCUCUGCCUGGCCCAGAUUUCAAACACUCUCCUGAAAAACUACAGCUACAACGAGAUCCACAACCGCCGCGUGGCGCUGGGCAUCACCUGCGUGCAGUGCACGCCGGUCCAGCUGGAGUUGCUGCGGCGCGCCGGGGCCAUGCCCAUCUCCUCCCGCCGCUGCGGGAUGAUCACCAAGCGCGAGGCCGAGCGACUGUGUAAGUCCUUCCUGGGGGCGCACAGCCCCCCUAAACUGCCCGAGAACUUCGCCUUUGACGUGUCGCACGAGUGCGCCUGGGGCUGCCGGGGCAGCUUCAUCCCGGCGCGCUACAACAGCUCCAGGGCCAAGUGCAUCAAGUGCACCUUCUGCAGCAUGUACUUCUCCCCAAACAAGUUCAUCUUCCACUCGCACCGAACCCCGGAGUCCAAGUACCUGCAGCCGGACGCGGCCAACUUCAACUCGUGGAGGCGCCACCUGAAGCUGACCGAGAAGAAACCAUCCGAUGACAUCAACCACGCGUGGGAGGACGUGAAGGCCAUGUUCAAUGGGGGGAGCCGGAAGAGGACGCUUCCCGUGAGCAGCUCCUCGCCCAUCAAGUCCCAAUCUUCCUCCAGCAUCGUCAGGGCCACUUCCCCCGUGGCCCCGCACAAAGCGUUACGGUGCGACGAGGAGCAGGGAAGCAAUCGUUUAAGUUUGGCCGGGGCGCCACGGAGCUAUCCGGUUAUCCCGGUGCCCAGCAAAAGCUUCGGCAUCCUCCAAAAAAUCCCCCCACCUUUGUUCCCCCACCACCCUUACAGCUUCCCCACUUACGGUCUCUGUCCCAAAAAGGCAGACGGGGUUCCAGACGCGAGCAAAACGGGUGGACCGGGUGUGUUUUGGCCAGGAGCGAAGGACGCGCUCUACCCUGCGUUCCCCAUGUUCUGGCCCGCAGCCGGCGGGCUCCCGAUGCCGCCCUACCCGGGGUCCCCUCCCAAGCCCCAGGAGAUAUCGGGGAUCCGGCAGGGGGACAUGGACUUGUCAGACCAAAGCGACUUGACACCGAAAGAGAACCAUCAAGAGUCGGGUGACCGCUGCUCCAGCUCUCAGUCCCGGAACGACGAUGACAAGUCCGGAGACGAGACCCCUCACAGGAAGGUCAGCUAUGUCUCAGCCUUCAGACCCGUGGUCAAAGAUGCCGAGACCAUCGCCAAACUGUACGGCAACCGGGAGGGUUACUGCGUGCGCACUGGAUACCUGUCCCCAGAUUUCGUCAGCGAGACUUCCAGCUACAGAUCCGCCUCUCCGGACCGGGACAGCGGGGCGGAGGAUGAGGACCCCGACGUGGACGUGGAGUCGCACAGGGGUCAGGAAGACGAUGACUCCAUCCCGAUUUCGCCUGGCGGGAAUGAGCAGGACUCUCCUGCACCACCUGAGCGGGUCUCUUGUGGCACCGAGGAGACCCAGGGGCCUCCAGCAUGCAGUCCCGAAGCAGCGUCAUCGGAAGACCCGGGGAGGCGCAGCAGGUCGCCCGAGGACAGACGGAGUCCGAGAGAGUCUCCGACACACCAGGUGCACGCUCACGACAAAGACACACACUUGCGCCAUUUGAUCGACCCUUCGUCCAGCAGCCCCCAGAAAUCUACCGAGACCGAGUAUCAACACAGUUCGAUCUCCUACCACGAACAGAAGAACAGACAAGGCGAUGGCUCUAUACGAAUCGACAUCAGUGUCCACAAAAGGGAGCUGGAGAACAUGGCGAAAGAGGAGCUGCAGAAGCAACUGAUGGAGCAAAUGGAGCUGAGGAAGAAGUUGGAGAGAGAAUUUCAGCAUUUAAAAGAUAAUUUUCAAGAUCAAAUGAAGCGUGAGCUGUCCUACAGAGAGGAAAUGGUCCAGCAGCUACAGAUUGUCCGAGAAGCUCACGACGCCCUUCAUCAUUUCUCCUGUAAGAUGUUGAGUCCUCGACAGUGCAGCGGCGCCUGCACCUUCAAACCUCCACUGCUGCCUCCGUGACGUCACGUGCGGUCUGCCCUCUCUCAACACUCACCAAUCACGUCGUGAACACAGCUGACUGUACAGAUACACUCGAGCACUUGAGACACAGCGGCAGAACCAAGCAACAAACUCUUGAACGAUGGUGUUUUGACUGGAGCUGUCUAGACACCUGGAGGAACGAUGCUUUCCAGUGCAGCGCUCAAAUCACUUGGCCGCCUGCUCUUUAGCUGUUCUGAGAAUUAAAGCACUAUAUACAUACAGGAUAUAAAUAUUUAUAUAUCUAUCACGUGACAAUGUGCAAUGGCUUGUAUAAUUGUGAUAUUAAGUUAAAAAUCAACUCUUCACCUUCUGUUGUUCCGUGUUUCAAUCUCACACAUUUAUGAUUUGUGUUCUAGAUUGUUUGUACACUGUAUAUGUGGUUAAGCACUUUAAAAUGGCAAUUUUUCUGAACUGGACUGUGACGUCCCGUAUACCAAAAUGCUUCACGGAAAAUGACUUUUUUCUUCUUCUUCUUCUUUUUUUUAAGCACUUGCUUCAAAAUCUUUGAUCAUGUAUAUUUGAAAUUUUAAUUUGAAAAUGGAGUAAAGACUAUUUGUAAUGUGUUAUGGAAUUGAGUCUCUCUCACUUCUAUAGUCACACACACACCACAAA